AUGAUAGAAAUUGAUAACCUUCUGGUAGAUAUGGUUCCAGGGACUGUUCAUUUGGUUGAUAUGCAUGGGAACCUAAAUGUCAAAAAGAAAGGAGACAUUAUUUUACAACCACAGCCUACUUCUAAUCCAAAUGAUCCGUUAACAUGGUCAAUGAGUAAGAGAAUUUUUCAAUUUGCAAUCGUCUGGAUAUGGGGGUUCUUUGUUGCAGUAGCUAUAAAUUGGACUGGUCCACUUUACGGUAUAUGGGAAGAACAGCUCGGAGUCACAGUCAAUCAAUUAGGUAUAUCUGUGGCCUUAGGAUUUUUAUUUUUGGGUUGCGGUGUGUUGUUAAUUCAACCAACUGCAUUGAAAUUAGGUAAAAGAGUCGUAUACAUUGCAGGUACAAUAAUUUGUAUUGUGUCUUUAGCUGUUGGAUCUCAAGCCACUUCCAUUGAUUCAAUAUAUGCUUUCAAGAUUCUAGUUGGGCUUGCAGCGAGUCCAUGUGAUAGUUUAGUUGAGUUAAGUGCCACGGAUUUGUUUUUCCAACAUGAAAGAUCAACUGUGAUUGCCCUGUUGGUACUUGCCUUGUAUGCUGGUUCAUUCAUAGGUCCUAUUAUUGCUGGCUACAUUGUCGAUGGGAUCGGUUGGAUUUGGUGUUUCUACAUUCAAAUAAUUAUUUAUCUGUCCUUUUUUUUGGUGCAGUUAUUUUCCAUGGAAGAAACUACCUUCAGAAGACAUCUUGAUGGAGAAGAGCUUGAAGAAGAUAUAAUUCAACAAAUAAGAUCAACUGAAAUAGAAGGUACAAAUAGAAAUGCCAAUGACAUAAAGGGAACAAUAGAAAAAAUAGCAUAUGAUGAAGACCUGGAAACUUCAGGAUCAAUAACAGUCUCAAGAAAAUCAUAUGUGGAGAGAAUGAACUUGGUUCAUACCGAUCAAAAUGAUAUAAGAAGUUGGUUAUGUAUAUUUUACAGACCGUUUUUUGCUUGGUAUUUUCCAGCAUUUGUAUUUGGUGGUAUUGUAUAUGGAAGUCAAAUGAUGUGGUUGCUGUUGGUUGCCAAUACCCAAGUGUUGAUUUAUGGCUCCGAACCCUACAACUUUUCUGCAGGUAGUGUUGGAUUGACGAACUUGGGGAGUUUGGUAGGAACCGUGUUAGGAACUUUUUAUGGUGGUAACUUUGUUGAUUGGCUCUCUAUUAAAUUAGCAAAAAGAAAUAAAGGGAUCUUGGAGCCUGAGUUUAGACUCUGGGCAAUGGUUGUACCCACUAUUGUUAAUGCUUGUGGUUUGUUAGCUUAUUGGCUUCCUUGUGCUAGUGGCAAAUCAUGGGCAUAUUCAGUGGUUCUCGGUCAAGGUGCCAUGGGGUUUGCAAUGAGUAGUUCAGGUAGUAUUUGCAUUACCUAUGCAGUUGAUUCAUAUCCCAAAUUGGCAAGUGAAGGUAUUGUUCUUAUGUUAUUCAUAAGAAAUAUGAUUGGAAUGGGAUUUUCUUUUGCUAUUCUGCCAUGGAUUGAAAGAAACGGACUUACAGUGACAACUUGGUUAAUGUUUAUGUUAUCAGUUGUCAUCAAUGGAAGUUUUAUUAUUUUAAUCAUAUUUGGAAAGAGACUUAGACGCUGGACUGCUAAUGUUUAUGAAAAGAUUUCCAACCCAGAAUACGGUGAAUUAUUCAAAUGA